ACUUCAUUUGUUUCAAACAGCAUUCACCAUGCCUGGCAAAGUGUCCAAACGCAAGGCGGAUGCUGCCAAGCGCAGCACACGUCCACCUCCGCCCCUUCGUAUUGGGAUUCCAACGCCUAGCAGUGACGACGUUCAUCUCUCUGGUACCGGCUGGCGCCAUAGAGUUCGUCGUUGGCCAACUAGUGCAGUGUCCAACAAAUCUCACAAGUUGGUCCUUCCGGGUGGGAUUCCUGACAAGAAAUUCGUCCUACUUGUUGGGGACUCCCACUUGAGGUCCGUGGCAGACGGCAUAGUCCCUAUGCCGGUUGGCGGCCUCGCUUUUGGAGUGAUGUCCACUCCAGGAGCUUGUGCAGAUCUUCUGCGCCUUGAGGUUUCACAGGCUGUGUUACCUCGGGAGCCUGAUGCUGUUUGCGUCAUGGCUCCUUCUAACAACCUUACGGCCAGCAGAACAGUUGAAGAGGCAGGGGAUGCUUUUGAGCGGUACCUUUUGGCUAUUCUCAGUCGCUGGCCUAAGGUUUUCUGUACCGCCAUGAUUCCCCGUUUAGUUGGAUCCUGGGAGCGUCAAGACCUGUUUCAGCAGGAGUACCACCGCAGAUCGGCUAAGCUACGUGUAAGUUACGUGCCGAUCCACGAUGACCUACCCAGGUACCGUCGCGAACUGUGGUGCCGUGAUGGUAUCCACCUCAGUGAUGACCACGGGAUGCCUAUACUCACGCAACUGAUGUGGAAUGCCUCCUAUCAGUUCUUGGAGACACCCGCACCAAAGCCACUGGUGCAGCACCAGGUGUCUCGUCCGCUGAAAGCGAGUAUUGUGCCCCGUGUGGUUGUGAAGGGUGUGGAACGCAUUCCACCUCCACGCCCUUCCGAAUGGACAUUUGUGAGACCUAGCGGGAAGAGGAACCAUUCAGGGGAAUUUGAAAAGGCUUCUAAUUCCCCCAAGAAACGAGUGGUUCUUUCUGAGACUGAUGACACUUCAGUGGCCUUGAAGGAGUGUUUCAUCCCCCUGAAUCCCGUUAGGUUCUCACCUACAAUUCUGGCUGCCAUGGACACGCUAGCUCCAUCGGCUCUUGGUGAUGUCCCCACAGACAUCCAGACUACGUCUGUGGGACAUCACAAGAAGCCUGCUGUCUUGAAGCCCAGGCCAGUAAAGCAGCGGUUCUUGGAGACAUCCUCACCAAAGCCACUGGUGCAGCGCCAGGUGUCUCAUCCAGUUACGGCAAGUAAUGUGCCACGCGUUGUUGCGAAGGUUGUGGAAACCAUUACACCUCCACCCCCUUCCCAAUGGACACCCGUGAGACCUGAUGGGAUGAGGAACCAUUCAGGGGAGUCUGAACACGCUUCUGAUUCCCCCAAGAAAGGAGUGGUUCUUGGUGAAAUUGGCACUCCAGUGGCUGUGAAGGAGUGUUCCAUCCCACAGUUCUCACCUGACAAUGUGGUUGCCAUGGACACACUUGCUCCAUCGGCUGGUUCAGAUGGUCCCACAGACAUACAGACUACGUCUGUGCGACAUUUUAAGAAAGCAGCUAGGCGUGUCCAGCAGGAGGUUGAUUCAUUAAAUUAUCUGGCAUACAAAUACAUUGUGGUGUUAUUUUUGUUGACUGUUGUUGUUCUUGAAUUAUAGGUUGCAUCCCCACCUUGCAUAAAUCCUCUUGCAGACGAGGAGUCUGUUCAUUUUAGGAAGGAGGUAAGAAGUGUGUGUUUCAAACAUAAAAACUAAACAAAUCUUGAUGGUGUUUAGGAUGUAUUGCCCUUUAAUUUCUUUUAUAUAGGCGUUGGACUGUGACUGUUCACAGGUUUUGCUAUCGUCUCUAGUUCCAGAGACAACUGUUCAAGAACCUUCAAGCAGUUCUGUUGUAAAUAAUUUUGAUGAAGAUGAUACAAUCUUACACAAGGAUGAUACAGUUUUAGACUCUAUCCUAGGAUCAUUUCACCAGGGCGAUAGGCGUUUUAAAUAUGGGGGAGUUCAGUGUGCAGCUAUUACUGUUGUUGCUUUAACAAAGCACAAACAGAAGAGUGUUUUUUCUUGGGAUUUUGCCGUGUUGGAUAAGG